AUGGAAUAUAACUUACAAAAAAGUAGUCUAGAUCAAAAGUUUACUUUUGCUCAGCUAGCUGAGCAGAAUAUUACGAGUGAACAAUUAUAUAUUUGGUCAACACCCCUAGAUAUAAUCGAACGUUAUCAAUUCUAUUUAAACCAACGUUCAAUUUCAAGUAUAUCAUUAGCAUCAAUGGCAACGCAGUUGUACUAUAAUUGUACACUACCAAGAUUUGGACCAUUGUGUCAAUAUUCAUUGGAUAAUUACAAUUUUCAUCAUUCAUCGUUAAAUGAAAUUAUUUAUGAAUUUUAUCAACAUACAUAUGAACCAACAGAAUUGACAUGUUACACUCAUUUAGAAUGUGAUCGUGGUUCAGCAUCGCUAUGUCUUGAUUGGACUGAAAUAUGUGAUGGAAUCGUUGAUUGUCGGAACGGAAUUGAUGAAGAAUCUUGUUGGCUAUUUGAAAUUAACAAAUGCAAUGACAAUGAAUAUCGAUGUUACAACGGACAAUGUAUAUCGAAGGCAUUUUGGCACGAUGAUGGUAAUGCUUUUGAAUGUCUCGAUCAAUCAGAUGAAAUUUCAAGUGUACAAUUGUAUGACAGUAUUAAGAGUGAACCAACAUUUUUAAAAGAAGAUAUUACAUGUCUCCAGCGUGAUGGUUUUUUUACAGCAAAAUUAACAAGCUCAUGUAUUGAAGAGCGUAGCAACUUAUUAGAGCGAUUGAUAUUUUCUGAUAAACCAAAUACAGUAUCUGAUAAGUGUUAUUUAGCAGUCAAGUGUCGCUUGGGUGUUCCAAAGCAAUCGAAUCCAGAAUGUGGUGAUCUUUGUCUCAAUGGGAUAUGA